AUGACUGAACGAGCACCCGCCGCCGACGCACGCCUGCAGCAGGUUCUGGAACAUAUCAACACCACUUCUGAUAUCGGCGCCGUCGCAGCCGAGACAACUCCCUACGACACGUUUACCAGCGCAGCUACUCUACCAGGAAGCGGGCUUCCUAGUGCUGCUACAUCGAUUAAACAGGGCGAGUCUCGGCCGUCGGAACAUGCGACGGUCCCGUCGACAGCCAAGGUAGCUACUCAAGGACGCGUCUUGUACCGCAGUGCUGGUAUACAAACAUUUCCACCAAGCAAUGCCGAUGGUUUCCGCAAGAUCUACGAUCGCGAGCCUACACACCAGGAGCUCGUCAGCAAAAUUGGAUCUGCCGCACUUGGUCGCUACAAGCCGGGACCAUCAGCGCACGACGUCGUUCAGAGCGCGCCAUUCCCCGCUCCAGACGUUUCCAAUAGGCGUGCAAACUAUGUCACCUCAUCGUUUCAGACCAAGGAUGUAGCGCAAUGCAAGAAGGAUCUUCUAAAAGCAAAGGUCAAGGCAUCGCUGUUAGUCAACAAACAGCGCGACGCAGCUCUGUCGGCAGGAUACAAGGUCUGGUCGGAAACAAGAGACGACUACAUCGUACACUCAGAGCAGCUCGACACCAGUGUUCAGUUUGAUCACCAAGGCAACGCGGCCAACGCGAAUGUUGACGGCCUUUCCCUACCCAACAUCUACGGCGAAGAGAUCGAGCCGCGCUCCACUAUCACCCAUCCCACGCAACUCUCGAAUAGUGGGACUCCAGAGACAGAGGUUGGGGUUGACGUGAAAGCAAGGGAGUACACCUUCAGCGCAGCUUCAAGUCUUACGCCACCACCAACGCCGCCCUCACUCAAACAACACGACGCCAAUGCCAAUGGGAGCACUCCUCAGCGCAUUCGAACUGUCGAACCUUACAUACCGAGUGAGAAGUCCGAUCCACCGUCCAUUGAAGAUUACGGCUACGUUCAACUCAUCCCCAAAGAAAUCAGAAAGCAAGACGCGGACAGGGAUAGUGGUCAGGAACAAAAGCAACAGAAGAGAAGGAGCUCGGAGACAAGCGAGCGGGACUCUACGGAGGGACAAAAAGAGGGGUCUGCCGUCAUUGGAAGCAAUGAGGGGACCGUAAUGGUGUUUGGCGACGAGAGAUUUGCGGAUGAGUACAUUGUUCACGACGCCACAAUGUCGAAUGACACAAACUCAGUCACGUUAUCUCGAUCGCCUUCUAAUAUAAGCAAGAAGAGAAAGUCUGUCGACCAAUGCGAGCCUGAAGUAAUUACCAGACCGCUAAAGCGCUUCAAGUCGUCAGCCACUCACACCGAUCCUCCCCCUGUCAGAACGGAUACUAAGACAGGCCGUUUUGUACAAGACAAAGAUGGCAGUGUCGCGCACAAUGACGCGUCGACUGCCAGUAUCGAAUGCGCACAACGCAACGAAGCUCCUGGGGAGGCGAAACGACACUGUGGUCGGUCUAUCUCUCCAAGUCGACCCCGCGAAGGCCAACAUCACUUCGAGGAUGAUCGCCCCUCCCGCAGUUCACGAAGAGAUCGGGAGCCCAGACGGCGAAGCCGAUCUCCAGUUGCCGAACGCGAUGGAAAUGAUUUUAGAGCAAGAAGCAGCGCCAGACAACCGUCUGAGAGCUCAUACAAAGAGAGGCGCCGACUCCACAUGACAGAGUCGCAGCCGCGCCAGGCAGGCCCAACAGAUGGUCUUGCUAAGAUUGACGCAACAAAUCAGAAAGAAACGGAGAAGCAAGCACAACGCUCAAGUGACUCGGACGAGACAGUCCUUGCACGCAAGAAGGAAGACGCCAGGCGAAUGGAGCGAGCGAAGCAAAUUACCGACGAAAAGCGAGAGAAGCAUCGUCAACAGGAAGAAACCGAGAUACGGCGAGCGGAACAGAUCACCAACGAAAAGGUGGCAAAGCGUCGUCAACAAGAGGAAGCCGAGAUGCAACGAGCGCGUGAAGCAAAAAACGAACGGAGAUUGGAGAUCGAAGAGAAGAAGCGAGCUCAAGAGGAAGAGUCUCGUCGCCGAGAAGAGGAAAGGGACAAGCAGCGCCGCCGCCGCCGUCGCGACGAAUCACAACAAGAGGUCAGCGUCGCACGCCCCAAAGUGGGAAGCAAACAGGCUGAGCCAGCUGCAUCGGUGGAUCGAUAUGCACUCGCACGAGAAGUGGAGGCACGACGCCGAGAAAAGAUGUUUGCAGCACGUUCCACGGGUAGAACCGAGAGUCGGCCGCACGAGCAUUCAGCUACUACGAAGGAGAGCAUAGCAGAAGCAGAGCCAAAGAAGCCAGAGAAAAAGGUGGAGGAUGACAAGGUGACAAAAUCGAGAGCGAAACCGAAGGCGAGCCGGACUGCUCGUGGAGAGAUUGAGCGUUACGAUCCGAGGAAGAGGUUUGGUCAUGCUGGUUAG